AUGACCAAACCUCACCACAACAAGAAAAAGAGAAAGAAAGAGAAAAUCACUGUUCUUUCAGCAUCGAGGAUGAUCAUUAUCAAAGAAAAUACUUGUCGACUGGACACCCAGCUUGACAGGUUCCAGCAGCAAGUCAUUGAAAAGAUACGUGACGAUGUAGCGAUGGACUCCAUAGGAUCUGUUGACCAAUUUCAAUAUCGGUCGCAGCAAUUAGUCGCUUUACAAAGUGCUGUUCAAUCACUUUCCAUAACGUCUACGGCUCACAAUUUGCUCAAACCUGACAAACUUGUGACUCUGAUUUCUAACGUCUCUCGCCGACUUCCCAAACAGCAUGGAGGCCAACUUGAUGAAUAUACCGCAAAUGAAUUGGAUCUUUUUUGGCUAGUCACAGCGAAGGCUGCCAUACAAACACUGGGGUUAUUACUGAACAGCUUUGUGGAGCAAACGCGUGUUUUCAACGACGAAAUUCUCUACUGGGAUGAGAUCCUGGAUUCUUCCUGGUCCACUUGGUUACAUUUAGUGCAGACAUCGCCUUUGCGAAUAUGGCAUGGUGUAAGAGGCUUGUAUUCCUAUACAGCAAACAGAGCAACCCAGGACCGACACUAUCAUUCGAUGUCAGCUAGAUGGGCACAUUUCUAUGACUUGCUUAGACAGUCUGUCCGUCUACACCGUACGUACUCCAUGCGAAACAUAAUUUCAUCACAUCUUGCGACGUGCAGGUCGGACGUUCGACGAAAACAAAAAUCCUUGAAAACGAUGAGGGAUCUGCUUGCCAGCAGCAUCGGCCUCCUCAUGGAAGAAUGUUUAUCAUUCAACCUUGGAAACGACCACAAAAUUUCUGGAAACCAGUGGCGGGACACGGUACUUAGAAGCGUCAUUCUAAUGGAGACCAUUCUAUGCAAUACAACGGAAGAAAUUGGUGUCGUCGAUUUCGAACACAAGGUUUUUACGAUGACCAAUGCAGAAGAACACUUCGUUAUGGAACAGCUUAACGAGGGUUUGAUCUCUGAACACCCUGGGAUACUCAUUGAUCGGCUUGUCCAUAUUCUUCAGGACCUUUUACCAAAGUAUCAAUUAUCUUCAAAGGUAGUUGCUCGGAAAUAUGGCCAUCCGUCACGCCUUAUGCGCUAUUGGUUGCCAUUCUCUUUAUUGCUCUUUUCAGCAAGUACUUCUUUGAAAAUCUUAGCGAACAAGCGUACCGAGAUCAUCCGGUGGAUUCUAGAAAUUGGAUCAACAGCGGUCGAUUUCUGGAGUAACUGGGUGGUUGAACCAAUCCAACGGCUUAUUGGAACAAUCAGACAUGACAAAGCAAGCGAGAUUGCGAUCCUGAGCAAAAACAGCUUGGAGGCAGACCGGGCAAGUUUGGAGAGGAUGGUGGUUGAUUUCGUUCAGGACCAUCAAACGCUGACCAAAGGAGAUCCUGCAGCAACAGAUAAACUUACUAUAACAAACAGCGUCAGAGAAGGUGAUCUGACGCCGGUAUUGAAAGCAUACGAACGAGAUCUGCGUAGUCCUUUCGUUGGGACUGUACGAGGCGAUUUGAUACGCGCUCUUUUGAUCCAAAUCCAAAAGACCAAGGUCGAUGUGGAGAUAGCAAUGAGCGGCAUCGAUUCUCUUCUGAAGAGUCAAGAACUUGUUUUCGGCUUCGUUGGCAUCACCCCAGGAAUAUUGGUUUCAUAUUCUGUUUUCCAAUGGAUUUGCGGCCUUUUUGGUAGCAGAAAGGGUCUGCGAAGAAACGAGGAGCAUCACCAGUUGAGACAUGCUUUACGGAACGUUGACCGGACUUUGGCAGGAUCAUCACUUACCACAAAUGGCAUUCUCAAUUUCAAAGAUCAUGGGCUCUUGAUAUGCGACGCAGAAUAUCUGCUUCAAAGGGCGAGGACUGUCCUGAAAGGAGCUGACCUUCGGAAGUUCAAUGAGGAUGUCAGCGACCUUAUCGACAUCCAACGUGGUGCUGACAGGCAACUGCAGGUCGUCAGGCGGAUAGGGUACACGUACUCUAGGUGGUUCCAGUGA